GCUCCUAGAAGGAAGCGCAUCCGUAAACACACCAUCUCGCGCAAGCUACAUCACCGACCGAAUCCUUGUCGACUUGCUGGACUCCACCGACAUCCGCCGGACCUUCACCCACGCGAUCCGUCGUGCGCCAGUCGCGCAGUGACAUCACCCGGUCGAAUUGUUGAUGACUCGUCCGCUUCACAUGUCCUUCCAGCACCGAUAGAGGAGCAUGCCCGGUCGCAUCGUCAUGGAAAGCGAUGCCGCACCAAAGACCAACGGAUUGAACACCCUUCCAACCACCGCCGCCAUGACUUCGACCGCGCCCACCAAACCGAUCGACACUUCGAACGGCUACACCAAUGGCGCAAUCAAACAGGAAGAGAAGGCAUCGCCACCUGAAUUGGAGCACUGGUCACAUACGUAUUCGUCAUUCGGCACGCUGCUCGACCGCAUGGCACAGCAAUGUUAUUUUGAGUUGAGCGAAGUCAUUGAACAAAUGGCCGACCUGAGCAUUGCCUCUCCUCAAACAAAUGGCGCAUCCGGUUCCGCACCAGAUGUCUCCAAAGCGAGCGUUGAUAAGAAACUGCGACUUAUGAACUUCGCAAACACUCAACAGGCUCGGUUUAUCAAGGCUCUGGUCCUGUCCGACUGGGCGCGCAACAUGGGAGACAUGGACAAGUUGAUUGAGUUGAGGAUGUACUUGACACAGCAAGAUGAGGCUUCAUCUCUCGUCAGCGAUGCCAUCAUGCAGAUGAAACACAACAUGAUUGGCGCAAAGAUGCCCAACCCGAAUAUUCAAGGAGCCCUCGAAUUGCUGUCCACAUCUAAAGCGCCAUGGCUACCAGAUCUCGGUUACCUCCCGCCGGAACCCCUGUCUGCUCAGAAACUGCUCAAGACAUUGCGAGACAUGAACUUUGUCCUUUCCGUGCGACUGAACCUGCAUGAACAACUACCUUCACAUUUCUGCAAUUACUCAAUAGCAAAUGGACGUGCUACUUUUGUUGUGCCGAAUGAGUUUGAACUCGAUCUUGCUGUUACUGACGAAGACACGACUUCUCCAUUCUACUUCAUCGACAUUCGAUUCCUCUUCUCCGAUGCGCCUCCACUUCCUGAUGGCUUUGCUCGAGUGAAUCUCGAAGGCAAGGUCAAUCAAAUCCUCCAACUGGAAGGACUUUCUGCCGCCUACGAUUUCCUCCAUGGAUUCGUCUUGACUCACAAGAUCACUCUACUACGACGACAAGCCUUUGAACUCUCACGCACAAGGUGGACGGAAUGUUUACAUAUCGAGCCCAUUCACAGAUCGCUCAUCGUACAAUACUGGACUGGCCAACCUGGAGGCAAGAGCUGGAUCGAGAUUGGCAUCGUCAAAGGAAAGAAAGCAGAGAAUUCAGACCAACCCCACACACCUGCAAGAUUGAACAUACGUUGGUUCAGAUCAGGAAAGGAGGUCUUCGACACACGCUUUGAUGUCGACCCGGCCAAUCCUUCAAUGGAGCAUAUUCUGGGUCAGGUUACAGCCGCCCACAUGAACGUCCGUCUUGCUACAGCCAGAGACCAACUUCUUACCAUCUCCCCACCAAAGUCCGCGCUGGACAUGAACUUGAACUCCUCACCGACAGACCCAAACGCUUGCUCCUUGAGCAUGAAACUAGGCCAACACGGUCUACAAACCACCCUCCGUAUCAUUCCCGUCAACGGCAAUAUCUCAAUCUCCCCCGUCUCCGCCGCCUCAAUAGAUGUAGAAAGACGACUCAACGCCGAUCCUACCAUCGAUGCUGCACAAAUCGUCUCUUACCUCAACUGCAAACUCGUCCAAGACCACAUCACCCGCCAAGCUGUUCAAGCCGGCUGGCUUCUUAUGCCUACCGACAAACAACCCGACGUGCAAAAGGUCUUCUCCGAGCAAGUCAUUCGCAGAAGCACAUUUACUCGCCACGGAUGGGGAGAAGACUGGGCCAUUGCACUCACAAUCUCUCGCAGUGGCGUGAAGUGGUGGAUUGUGAAACUCCUCUCGACGCCUACCUCAAGAGUCAUCUCUACAGCGGAGACAUUGGCGCUGCCACCUUCGACAAAGAUAUUUGACCGCAAUACACUGAUGCUUAUCGAGUCGCGUGCUGUCGCGCAAGUCUCACUUUCGAAUAUCUCCCUCCAACUCCGCAACUCCAAAAUCAGCCACGAGAUUCGCCAUGUUGCUCCUUCUGCAACCUCUUCCAACACAUCCCCUCUUUCCACAUCAAAAACCACUGCAAUCGUCGGCAUCAAAUUCGAAGAUGUCAUGCAACCAUCUUCCACCACUGAACGCAAGGCUUGGAAACCAUGGUGUCAUAGCACUAUGGUCUUGACACAUCAUGGUAUCGAUGAAACCGAAAGAGAUGCAGUAAAAGUGGUGCAUAUUCUGAAAACCACACUAUCACCACAAACAGCAGAGGUGCUUGCCCCUCUAGUCGGCAAAGGCAAUGCAUCCUCUGACAUCGUUUUCGGCCCUAAUGGUGUUUUGGCUCUUCAACUACGAACGCAUUUCGGAGUCGCUCUGGUCGACCAAGUAGUGCAGAAAUUGGCACGCGUCCAAAGACUUGCGAAUUGUCUCUCCGCAAUCAAAAGCCGAAACUUCUCCAUCGAAAAAGUAGCGAUUGGAGGACUGGUGUUUGCAUAUCAGGUUGAGCCGAAAUUAUCUGCGGCGGUUCUGUUCGCUGAGGCUGCAGGUUCGCCACUGCAAUUACGCUUCACAAACGAUACGGCGGCCACGAAUCCCCAUCGCAGAAUUCUACCACUGCUGCAGAAUCUUCUUUCUACCGGUGCGACGGCUUCGGCCUUGGAAGAAGCGAGAAAAUUCGAAAAUCUACUGGAUCUGAUGACGGCCACGUUACCUGUGCUGACUGCUAUCUCUUCCAUCGAAGCUGCAGACCCAUCGGGCAAGAUGUGUAAAGUGGGUGUGAGGUCACUUGCGCAUUUCCGUCUGAGCUAUGAUACAGCUCUUACUACCAUGACGUUGGAAAUAGAAUUGAAGAGGGUCAAAGGAACAGACGUAUGGACGAUCACUCUUCAAAAAGACGGUAUGGCAAAAGAAGAUGUGGAAAAAUCUUUGGAUCUGCUGGAGAAGGCGUGGAAAGGCAAAGGGUUGGAGAGUAAAGGCGUCAAGGGGUUUAGAAGUGGUGUUGUUGCUGAAAUCCAAGGGGUGCGGGAGGUUCUUGUGAAUCUGGAGCAGGUCGUUAGAGUAACGAGCCAGGGGGAUGGUGAUGAAGGGAGGGAAGUCAUUCUUCUGGAUUGAUGGGGCUAUCUAGCCUAAGGGAAAAGACUAGAUGGAGGCCGCUUAUGCAAAGAUCGCCAAGGCAGAAAGACGGAGGAGGGAA